CAUCUCUUUCCUUACACAUUCACCAGACUCUUUUUUCACUUAGACCUUUGUAAUGGCUGAGCAACUAUCACAAACGGCGACCAUUCCUACAUUCAAGCUUGUCCUCGUCGGUGACGGUGGUACCGGGAAAACGACAUUCGUCAAGCGCCACUUGACCGGUGAAUUCGAGAAGAAAUACAUCGCAACCCUCGGUGUCGAAGUCCACCCUCUCACUUUCUCAACCAAUUUCGGUACCAUCUGUUUCAACGUUUGGGAUACUGCAGGUCAAGAGAAGUUUGGUGGGCUUCGGGAUGGAUACUACAUUCAGGGACAGUGCGGUAUCAUCAUGUUUGAUGUUACAGCACGGAUUACCUACAAGAACGUUCCCAACUGGCAUCGCGAUUUGGAGCGGGUCUGUGAGAACAUCCCCAUUGUCCUUUGUGGUAACAAAGUCGACGUGAAGGAAAGAAAAGUGAAGACCGGUGCCGUCACCUUCCACAGAAAAAAAAAUCUCCAGUAUUUUGAGAUCUCCGCCAAAUCCAACUACAACUUCGAGAAGCCAUUCUUGUGGCUGGCGAGGAAGUUAGUCGGCAAUCCGGCAUUGGAAUUCGUGGCCGCACCUGCUUUGGCCCCAGCAGAUGUCCCUGUUGACGCUGCUCUCAUGGAACAAUAUAACAAAGAAUUGCAGCAGGCCGAGGCUGUUCCAUUGCCUGAGGAGGACGAUGAUCUUUAACUUACUCUAUCAUCCUCCAGACAUCCUUUCUCCCGUUCACGAUGUCCCCAAAAUCACGACCACCUAUCUUCUGUACUGUUUUCCCUCCGGAACGUGGCACUUGUCCCAUCAUAACCAGUACUAAUAUCAUCACGA